AUGUCAAAGAAUUAUUCGGUAUAUAUCGUAUUAUUUUGGAUCGUAAUUCGAUUGAUAACGAAAGUAAAUUGCCAAGCGGCAACUUUUGAGGCAACGAAACGAUUUGCUCAUACUGCUACACUUAUUGAUGAUAAAUUAUACAUCUUAGGUGGUCGAGAUGAAAAGGAUGCACCUGAUAAAGUUGGAAAAGAAUUUUUUUAUCUUGACGUCUCCGUACCAUUUAAUACUCAAAAGAUACUAUGGCAUGAUUUAACAAGCAUCAAUAAUGUUCCAUCACAUCUUGCCAGUUCAUCCGUAAAUGGUGGUGCAAAUAAUAAAACCUUGUUUUUAUGUGGCGGAAUACCUAAAUUUGGUGUAGCGAUGUCUUUAGUUUAUGCUUUUGAUACUCAAAGUAAUUCGUGGAGCAUUCCAACGAUAACCGGAGACUAUGCCGUCAGAAAAGAUAACAUAAUGGCCGUUGUUGACGGAAAUGGGAAAAUGUAUAUGUUCAGUGGUCACCGCAAAAAAGUUUUUUUUGAUGAUUUUCCCAUUUUAGAUACGAUAAAUUUGAAUUGGGCAAUAGGAAGUGUAAUUAAUGCACCUACUCCCAGAAGCAUAUAUGGUGUGACCUUCUUACCAAAUAAUUUCGUUAUUAUUAUAGGUGGUUAUGACAUUAAUAAAUCAAGACCAUUAAAUGAGGUUUACUUGUAUGAUACAAUUAAUGAUGUUUGGAGUACAAAGGCAAGUACAAUACCAUCGGAUAGAUGUGCAUUUUCCGCUGUUCUUGGAUUGGAUGGACAACGAGUAAUAAUUUUUGGAGCCCAUAAAGACAAUAAUCCUAAACCUGAAGAACUACUUUAUGUAUUAAAUCUAUCAAAUUUCGAAUGGUAUAUUCCAAAGAUUACUGGAAAACUUCCAUUUACUAGAUAUUGGCAUCAAGCGAACGUGAUUGGAAAAUAUAUGGUCGUAUCAUUCGGAUUUGGUUAUUAUGAAAACGAUGAUAAUGAUAUUUUAUUGCUUGAUAUUAGUAAUAACGACGAAUAUAUAUGGACAAACGAUUUUGUUAUUACGAAACCAACGGCUACUACUUUAGCACCAAAUGAACUAACAGAAAAUUCUCCUUCAAUACCAAAAUCUUCACCAACUAAACCGUCAGUCAAUUCAGCACAAACACAAGGAACAACGUUAUUAUCAAUACCUCUGUCAGCAAUAAUUGGAAUAAUUAUAGGAACAUUAGUCAGUGGUAUUCUUCUUUCAUUUGUAGGUGUUUUAUUAUAUAAACGAAUUAAAAAUAAAAAGAAAAUUAGCAAAGCAAUACCGACUCCCGGCAAUAGACAAGUUGAUGAUUCUGAACAUGAAAUUAUAGAGAACCCUACUAGUAAUAUAAAUGAUCUUGUACAAGAAAUGAUCUCAAAACCUCCAGCAAUUGAUAAUCAUGAACAACCACCAGUUCUUGUAAAUACGACUAAUGGACAACAGUUGUUACCCUUUCCUGAAAAUGAAAAUAUAAUGGCAACUUCAAGCAUCAUUAAUCGAAGAUCUUCGUUACAAAAUCUAGAUGAUGUAUUGGAAAAUUUUAAAAAUGAUAUGCUUCAUGUCGUUAGGCAGGAAAUCAAGCAAAAUCUAAGUCAAAAUAAUAAAUAA